AUGGCCACUGCGAGGCUCGAUUACGUCGCUCCGUGGUGGACUUAUUGGCUCCACAAUUUCCCUCACCUUAACUUUGUCUUUGAGUCCGUGGACAACACUUUCAAACCGGAGGAGCCCAGCUACCAGCAGUCUGUCGUGGCGUUUGCGUUCCUGGGCGCCCUGGGCCUCUGCGUGAGCCUGCUGACCCUGGCCUCGUACCUGCUGUGGCUGUGUCUGUGUCGCCAUGACGUCGACGAGGAAACCAAGAGGCCAGAAACCUGCUGCAUCACAUGGGGCGUGGUUUUAUCUGGACUCAUCAUCUGGUGA